GGUCUGCAACCAACCCUGCUGGUAGUUCUGGUGGUUCUAACAACGGUGGUUCUGGCAACGGAGGUCCUGGCAAUGGGGGUUCUGGAAAUGGAGGUCCUGGGAGUGGAAAUCCUGGAAACGGGGGUUCCGGAAAUGGAGGCCCCGGAGGUUCUGGGAAUGGAAGCCCCGGAGGUAACAGUCCCAUAUAUACCGUCACUCUAACCGCACCAGGAGGAUCGCCAAACAACCCUAACGACCCCAACAGUUCGCCGUGCACAGAGACACCUACUACCCUCGUUCUCACCGUCACUGGUACUGGUAUUACUCCUGGCGCCCCCGAGACGAUCACUUUCACGGCACCAGGCGCAUACCCAAGCAACUCCGCAGGCAGUCCUGGGGGAGCCGGAGGCCCUGGCGGACAGGGUAUCCCGCAUACAAUCACAGUGACAGCACCUGGACAGUCAGCGGGCAAUGGUGCCGGGCCUGGAGGGGCAGGAGGAGCAGGAGGUAAGAGUAUCAUUCAUUGUUUGGACCGAAUGUCAUGCUAAUAGCCUAGGCCCUUCAAAUGUCUCAGGCGGUCCAGGUGCAGGUGGUGCAGGUGGUCAGGGUGCCCCUCAGACCGUCACAGUGACAGGGCCAGGCCAAUCAGCUGGAAACCCCGGAGGCGCACAGGGUCAGGGCGCAACACCAUGCCCGGAGGGUGGUUCAGGCUCAGGCCCGUAUCCAGGUACCGUCACUGUUACCGGUGUCAACAAUGGUCCAGGCGGGGCCAACGGAGGUAGCGGUUCCUCGCCAACAGCAAUCACUAUCACUGUUCUCGGAAAUCCCUCUGGAGUACCCGGAAGCAACGGGGGCAGUAACGGUGGUAACGGAGGUAACAAUGGAGGUAACGGAGGUCCUAACAACGGUAACGGGAAUCCUAAUGGCAGUAACGGGAAUCCUAACGGUGGCAACGGAAACCCUAACGGUGGCAACGGAAAUCCUAACGGCGGUAAUGGAAAUCCCAAUGGCGGCUCCAACGGAAACCCUAAUGGAAAUGGUAAUGGAGGCAACGGAGGCGGGCAGCUGCCAACGCACACUGUCACUGCGCCUGGAAUCCCAGAGGGUCCCAAUGGUGGCGGCAAUGGAGCUGGAUUUUCGUCACCACAGGCUACUGCGACAGGUUCCGGGUAUCCCGGGGGACAAGGAGGUAACAAUGGCGGUAACGGAGGUAACAACGGAGGCAAUAACGGGGGUAACAACGGCGGCAGUGGCCCUAACAAUGGUGGUAACAACGGAGGUAGUGGACCUAAUAACGGAGGUAAUAAUGGUGGUAGUGGACCGAACAAUGGAGGUAACGGUGGACCUAACAAUGGGGGCAACAAUGGAGGUAGUGCCUUUGAGCCAACCGUCACCGUGUACAUUCCCCAGGGCGCAUCAGCCUUACCCAAUGGUGGUGCAGGAGGGCAAGGUCUCUCGUCACCGAACGGCGUUGGCCAAGGUACGGCUAAUCCAGGUGGAUACGGAGGGAAUCCCGCCGGGCAACAAUCCGUGGGCUCCGGCUCCGGCUCUGGCGCAGCAGGAUCUGGUGCAGGGUCGGGUACAGGGUCUGGCUCUGGCUCCGGUGCUGGUGCUGGCCAAGGUCAGGGCAGUGGCUCUGGUGCGGGAAUUCUCACUGACUCUCCCCCAGCUGGUGGAUACGGAGGUAGCCAUCCAACACCCCAAUCCGGAGCUGGCGUUGGCGCUGGACAAGGUCUUCCGACACACACAGUGACUCUUCCUCAGACAAUCCCCACUGCAACUGGUAAGAUUAGCUCCACCGUUCAUUCAUAAGCAGUCAUAACUAAUUUUGAUGUCAUGUAGUAGCUCAACUUCAAAGCGGCUCAACUCCUUGCGACCAGUCGGGAGCUCUACCAACCAAUGGCGUGCCAAGCAGCGGAUGGAACGCAACUCCCACCGAGCCUUCGGUGUCUCUUCCACCCAUGCCCAGUCUGCCACCACCUGUUUCCCCAGCACCAAUGGAGACACCUACCCAGGUUGCAGCUCAGCCCGCAACUGGAGUUUCUGUAGGAUGCUUAUCAAUGACCACACUAACUAUGGCUUCGAGAACAUUUUCUUGGUGUGCGCAAGUCGCGUCAGGUC